GGACAUGCAAAAAGAGGAAGGAGGGUGAGGGAGUAGAGGGAGGGAAACGGGAGCCCAGACUUUUGGUUUUCUCAUUAAUUCAGUGUGGCCCUCUCUUUUCAGUUUUUUUUUUUUUUUUUUUAAAAGCCCGCCCACUGACCAUUAUCAGCACAGCCCCUAUAUAUGGAGACUGCUGCUGUGGUUUUUGUGAGUGCACAGGCGUCACAGAGCUCGAAAACCCCUGAAGCCACACCGCCAGCCGCCAUGAGAGAGUUCCGGAGCAAAGACUUUUGGAGGGCCGUCCUGGCCGAGCUGGUGGGAAUGACCCUCUUCAUCUACCUCAGCAUCUCGGCGGCCAUCGGCAACAAGAUCAACUCCGGCCCCGACCAGGAGGUGAAGGUGUCGCUGACCUUCGGGCUGGCCAUCGCCACGCUGGCUCAGAGUCUGGGCCACAUCAGCGGAGCCCACCUGAACCCGGCGGUGACCUUCGGCAUGCUGGCCAGCUGCCAGAUCAGCGUGUUCAAGGCCGUCAUGUACGUCGUGGCCCAGAUGCUGGGUUCGGCCCUGGCCAGCGGCAUCGUGUACGGGGCGCGUCCCAGCACCACGGACGGCCUGGGGCUCAACGCUCUGAACGGUGUCACUCCCAGUCAAGGCGUGGGCAUCGAGCUGCUGGCCACCUUCCAGCUGGUGCUGUGUGUCAUUGCCGUCACUGAUAAAAGAAGGCGUGAUGUCACCGGCUCAGCACCCUUGGCCAUUGGCCUCUCGGUCUGCCUGGGACACUUGGCAGCUGUAACUACACGGGCCUGCGGCAUCAAUCCGGCGCGCUCCUUCGGCCCGGCUUUGAUCCUGAGCGAUUUCACGGACCACUGGGUGUACUGGGUGGGGCCGAUGUGCGGCGGCCUGGCGGCGGCUCUCGUUUACGACUUCCUGCUGUUCCCCAAACACGAUGACUUCCCCGAGCGCAUGAAGGUGCUGGUCAGCGGCCCGGUGGGCAACUACGACGUCAACGGGGGCAACGACAACGCCACUGUGGAGAUGGCGUCGAAAUAGUCCCAUGCAGACCCCUCCCUAAAAAAAAAAAAACACUUUCUCUGUACAAAAAGAAAAAGAAAAGCUCUUAUAUUGGGUGUAGGAUCUCAGUGUUUUUAUGUGCUUAUUUUUGAAUUACCAAUAAGAAUCGGUGCAACGAACCAGUCGGUGUCUCUCCGAGGUAGAACUCACUCCUUCGUCUGACCCCCCCCCCCCCCCCACACGCUAGCUGCUCAAAAGUUGAGGAUGUCAGAAAUGUUUUCCUCCCCCAUAUCAGUAUUCUAAUGACAAGCCAUUUUCUUUUGUAUACCCGUUGUGUCUGUGUAACUUUUAUAUAUUUCUGAUUGAUAAUGUUUUGCGUGAUCUCUCUGUUUUUUAAAUAAAUAAAACCCUUGUUUUUAA